AUGAGCCGGGGCGCGGGCGCGCUUCAGCGCCGGACAACGACCUACCUCAUCUCGCUGACCCUGGUCAAGCUCGAGUCGGUGCCUCCGCCGCCGCCUUCUCCGUCUGCGGCCGCAGCCGGCGCCCCUGGGACCAGAGGUACCGAGACCGCGGAUCCCGGCAGCCCCCGAGGCGCUGACGAGCCGGGCAAGAAGCGGCACGAGCGGCUCUUCCACCGGCAGGAUGCGCUGUGGAUCAGCACGAGCAGCGCGGGCGCCGGGGGCGCCGAGCCCCUCGCCCUGUCCCCGGCUCCGGCCAGCCCGGCCCGCCCCGUCUCCCCGGCUCCCGGCCGCCGCCUCUCCCUCUGGGCCGCCCCUCCCGGACCCCCGCUCUCCGGGGGGCUGAGUCCAGACCCCAAGCCCGGGGGCGCCCCCACCUCCUCUCGGCGCCCCCUGCUCAGCAGCCCGAGCUGGGGGGGCCCGGAACCCGAAGGCCGGGCGGGCGUCGGCGUCCCCGGCUCGUCCUCCCCGCACCCCGGCACCGGCAGCCGGAGGCUCAAGGUGGCGCCUCCUCCGCCGGCUCCCAAGCCUUGCAAGACCGUGACCACGAGUGGCGCCAAAGCCGGCGGGGGCAAGGGCGCCGGUAGCCGCCUGUCAUGGCCCGAAAGCGAGGGCAAGCCCAGGGUCAAGGGGUCAAAGAGCAGCGCCGGGACUGGAGUUUCUGCCGCCGCCGGCGCCGCCGGGGGAGGGGGAGCGGCCGCCACGACCUCUGGUGGGGUCGGGGCUGGGCCCGGAGUCCGAGGGAAGCUGUCCCCUCGGAAAGGCAAGAGUAAGACCUUGGACAACAGUGACUUGCACCCGGGACCGCCCGCCGGCUCUCCUCCUCCGCUGACCGUCCCAGCCACCCUGGCUCCCGCCUCUGCCGUCUCCGCCGCCUCCGCGCUGCCCACCGGGCCUGCAACUCCAGUCACUCUGGAGGCUCCGGCUCCCGGGCUGAAGCGGGGCCGUGAGGGGGGCCGAGCAUCCACUCGGGACCGCAAGAUGCUCAAGUUUAUCAGCGGCAUCUUUACCAAGAGCACAGGCGGGCCUCCCGGCCCCGGGCCCCCUCCCGGACCCCCAGGCCUGUCUUCCAGCAGCGGGUCUAGGGAGCUGCUGGGUGCAGAGCUCCGCGCCUCUCCCAAAGCUGUGGUCAAUAGCCAGGAAUGGACUUUGAGCCGCUCCAUUCCUGAACUGCGCCUGGGCGUGCUGGGCGAUGCCCGGAGCGGGAAGUCAUCGCUUAUUCACCGAUUCCUGACCGGUUCAUACCAGGUGCUGGAGAAGACAGAGAGUGAGCAGCACAAGAAAGAAAUGUUGGUGGAUGGACAGACUCAUCUGGUGUUGAUCCGAGAGGAAGCUGGGGCGCCUGAUGCCAAGUUCUCAGGCUGGGCAGAUGCUGUGAUUUUCGUCUUCAGCCUGGAGGAUGAGAACAGUUUCCAGGCCGUGAGCCGUCUUCAUGGGCAGCUGAGCUCCCUUCGGGGUGAGGGACGAGGAGGCCUUGCCCUGGCAUUGGUGGGGACACAAGACAGGAUCAGCGCUUCCUCCCCACGCGUGGUGGGCGAUGCUCGAGCCAGGGCCCUGUGUGCUGAGAUGAAGCGCUGCAGCUACUAUGAGACUUGUGCAACCUAUGGGCUCAAUGUGGAUCGGGUCUUCCAGGAGGUGGCCCAGAAAGUGGUGACCUUGCGAAAGCAGCAGCAGCUUCUGGCUGCCUGCAAGUCCCUCCCCAGCUCCCCAAGCCACUCAGCAGCUUCCACUCCUGUAGCUGGGCAGGCUGGUAACGGGGGCCACACUAGCGACUACUCUUCCUCUCUCCCAUCCUCACCCAAUGUCGGUCACCGGGAGCUCCGGGCUGAGGCAGCUGCAGUGGCCGGAUUGAGCACCCCAGGGUCCCUGCACCGGGCAGCCAAGCGUAGGACCAGCCUUUUUGCGAAUCGUCGGGGCAGUGACUCUGAGAAACGGAGCUUGGACAGUCGGGGAGAGACAACGGGAAGUGGGCGAGCCAUCCCCAUCAAACAGAGCUUCCUCCUAAAGCGAAGUGGCAACUCCUUGAACAAAGAAUGGAAGAAAAAAUAUGUGACCCUGUCCAGUAAUGGCUUCCUACUCUACCACCCCAGCAUUAAUGAUUACAUCCACAGUACCCAUGGCAAGGAGAUGGACUUACUACGAACAACAGUCAAGGUCCCUGGCAAGCGGCCCCCACGGGCCAUCUCUGCUUUUGGCCCCUCAGCCAGCAUCAACGGGCUGGUCAAGGACAUGAGCACGGUCCAGAUGGGGGAAGGUCCUGAAGCCACCACUCCUGCCCCGAGCCCCAGCCCCAGCCCCAGCUCCCUGCAGCCACCACCAGACCAGACAUCCAAGCACCUGCUGAAGCCAGACCGGAACCUGGCCCGAGCCCUCAGCACCGACUGUACCCCAUCUGGAGACCUGAGCCCCCUGAGUCGGGAGCCCCCUCCUUCUCCCAUGGUGAAGAAGCAGAGGAGGAAAAAGCUGACGACACCAUCUAAAACUGAAGGCUCGGCUGGGCAGGCUGAAGAGGAAAACUUCGAGUUCCUGAUCGUGUCCAGCACUGGUCAGACGUGGCACUUUGAGGCAGCCAGUUUUGAGGAGCGGGACGCCUGGGUUCAGGCCAUCGAAAGUCAGAUCCUCGCCAGUCUCCAAUGCUGUGAGAGCAGCAAGGUCAAGCUGCGCACAGACAGCCAAAGCGAAGCGGUGGCCAUCCAGGCGAUCCGGAAUGCCAAGGGGAACUCAAUCUGCGUGGACUGCGGGGCCCCCAACCCCACGUGGGCCAGCUUGAACCUGGGCGCACUCAUCUGCAUCGAGUGUUCUGGCAUUCACCGGAACCUGGGCACACACCUGUCCCGCGUUCGCUCGCUCGAUUUGGACGACUGGCCGCGGGAGCUGACCCUGGUGCUGACAGCCAUUGGCAACGACAUGGCCAACCGCGUGUGGGAGAGUGACACGCGGGGCCGCGUCAAACCCACGCGGGACUCUUCGCGGGAGGAGCGUGAGUCAUGGAUUCGCGCCAAGUACGAACAGCUGCUGUUCCUGGCUCCGCUGGGCACUUCCGAGGAACCGCUGGGCCCCCAGCUGUGGGCCGCGGUGCAGGCCCAGGACGUGGCCGCCGUCCUCCUGCUUCUGGCCCACGCGAGGCACGGGCCGCUCGACACCAGCGUGGAGGACCCGCAGCUUCGCUCCCCACUUCACCUGGCGGCCGAGCUCUCCCACGUCGUCAUCACGCAGCUGCUGCUGUGGUACGGCGCCGACGUGUCCGCCCGCGACGCGCAGGGCCGCACCGCGCUCUUCUACGCCCGCCAGGCCGGGAGCCAGCUGUGCGCCGACAUCCUUCUCCAGCACGGUUGCCCGUGCGAGGGCGGCAGCGCGGCCACCACCCCCAGCGCGGCCACCACCCCCAGCAUCACCGCCACGCCCAGCCCCCGCCGCAGGAGCAGCGCCGCCAGCGUGGGCCGAGCCGACGCCCCAGUCGCGCUGGUAUAGUUGCGCCGCCGGAGAGACACCCCCACCCCCCCACGGGCCGGGCACCUCCACACCGGGUGACCGCUGGACAGAUGCACCCACUCACCUCUCCGAUCCGCACGUCGUUCCCGCGGGAGCACUUCUUCCCUCACCCCAUCCCCGCAAGAGGGUACAGCCCCCGCGCCUCCCGGAGGACACAAACUCACUUCCCUCUCCCCAGCGAGGCAUGGAGACCCCAGCUUGACACGCACCCUCUCCACCGUUUCCACACUCGGAUUGCUCUGGGUCUACCCGCUGGGUGUUUGCUGGAGGGACUCCCCCGCCGAGGUCCCUGCUCCUGGCCGUUUGGAUGUGCCCGCUCGCGCCCCCUAGGGGUGGGGGAAAGGACUACGUCCUGCCUGGGUUCCACUGUCCCAGGCGGGAGCAUUUGCCCAGGCUGGCUCCUGGGGCGACGCCACGCCACAGGGAGGGGUUAGUACGCGGGAAGGCUCGCGCUGGGACUUGGGGCCGAUAAGGGGGACCCUACCCCUUCCAUGCUAACCUCACUGCCCAGGGAAGGGGGAAGGGCAGCGAGGGGCAGGACCCCUGCUGCCCAUGGGGGUAGGGGGUCCCCAACCCUUUCCGUGAAAGGGACCAAGAGGAGUGGAAAUCAGGACGUUCCCCCCACAUCCACCCAUGGAUGGAAGCUAAAGGGUCGGGGGAGCCGAAAACCUGGGUCCCUCCUCACUGCUAUCUUGGGAGGGAGAAGGGACGGAGCAAGAGCGGGCUUAAGGGGGACUGGGGCGGGGCCUUGUAAUUUAUUGCUUUGUUCCCCAACCAAGGGGCGGGGCGGGCAGGGCUUGGGGAGGGCGUUUCAGGGUAGGGGAAGCCGAGGGUGGGCAGAGGGUGGGGCGGGGCGGGGGUGCUCUCGGGUUGUGAGUGUCUGUGACCGUGACGGCGUCCCUGUGACUGUGCAGCGCCCGUGGUGAUCUGGGGGCGGGGGCACCCCUACAGUGGGGCCCCUCCCCCACUAUUCUUCCUGUCCAGCCCCUCCCUCCCACUGGAGCAGCUCCAGACCCAUCCCUCAACCCCAUGAUCCCUCCCAGCCAGGGUCAAGAUGGUGUGAGGUGGCUGGGAGGGUUUCCAGACCCCCCCUGUCCCAUCCCCAGAAAAGGGGUGGUGGGGUGAAUUUCCCCGGCCCAGCCCCGCCUCCCUAGAUCAACCCAGCCCUUGGGCCGUCUGUGUCAGUGGUUUCCGGUCUUUUCUUUUUUUUUCUCCUGGCUAAAAUAUUUUGCAGAGGACCAGGUAAUUGGGGAGAGAAGAGGGGCGGGGGCAGCAGGGGAUACUACCCCCUCAUCUCCUCCAAGGCAAGUGGUGUGAAUCUUCAUCAACAGCAAUUAAAGAGGAAGUGAUUUUGUCUAGGGGGUGAGCUGCUGGUCUGUUCUUGAAGAGCUGGGUCAGAGAAUGGCCUUGGUCAGGCUGGGGAACUGGAGGUGGGAGAGGGCUAGGGAGGGUGCUUCCUGCUGGGGCUGGUGGCAGAGUAUCCAGGGGCAGGAGGUGGUAGGUCAGGUACUCCAUCAUGAGCAACAACAGCUCCUGGGGUGGAAGGAGACAGGCAAGUCAGAGCAACACUGGGGACCCAGGGAGUAGAGAAGUCACUAACUCCUAAGAUGACUCCUGUUCCGGGCGGGAGUUGGGGUGUGACGUUUAGAGAAGACUCAGGAGGGGGCUGCUUGGAGGAAUGAGAAGAUAGGGUCGCUUUGGUUAAGAGCAAGAACUUUGGAGUCACAUCUGGUUUUGACACCAGUACCUCCACGUCAUAGUUAAGUGAUCUUGGAUAGGUUCUCUUGGUGGCAUCUGUUUAUUUCUAAUCUGAACAAUAUCUGCUCAGAGGGCCCCUGGUCAGGGCUCCAGCCUCAGCCCUGGAGGACCACCCCAGGCCAGACUACUCCCUUUGAGGUACCAGAAGUAGAGCUUUAUAGAGUCCCUCUCCUGGUAGGGAGGGAAGAGCUGGGAGAUCUCCCAACCACAGAUGUUCCUGGUGUCGCAAACGCCAGUUCCGCUGAGGCAGACAUCUGCCCACCCCCACGACAUGCACAAGACUGCAAGGACAGGGCAGCCUGAGGCCAGCACCGCACCAGGAGCUGCAGCAUCUUGUGGCUCAGCAUGUAGCCAGUCCUGCUGUUCUUCGUCUGCAGCCGAAAGCAUUGGCCUGGUAGAGGGGCCAGAUGGGAAUGCUGUUGGGCCAGCAGCCUGGGCACAGCCACACACGCGUUGUCAGCCACCUUAAUAAACCAGUCUAUGGCCCAUUGUCUUCCGGUAGAGUUGGUUCCGGCCCCCCAGGCACACCCAGCCCCACGAGGGACAUUCGGCUACAGGUGCGCCACUGAGCCGAUUGCAUGAAGGAGCCCAGGUCCCGCUCACGUGGGAGGCCCCACUUCUGCAGGAUCCUAGGCUGGGUGACCUCCCAGGAGAAGGUGGAGUCAGGGUUGCAGAUGUAGUCGCAGGUGUGUGGUCUGGGAAGGCAGAGCAAGAGGAAGAGAGGCAAGUAGCAAAGAAGACUCGACUGGGAGACCCAGCCACCAUGCCCCCUUCCUCAGAGCCCCUGGAUGCCCCCGCUCCAUCCUCACUUCCUUUUUUGGUAGCAAACGCUCACUCCCUUCCUCAGAAGCUUGAAUGUGAGAGACUGGGGGAAGGAAACAAGGGCCCUGGAGAGGAUGAAUGACCACAGGGAACCAGAGGCGUGUGGGAUGUUCCUUUUGGUUCCUAGCAGUGAAAGGUGGUCAAGGUGUCAGCAGUCCCACAUCAGAUCCCCACACUAAGGCCUCCACUGGCUUCUUUCUGUCAUGGGCUGUGGGAAAUGUAAAAGGUGGUCCCCCAGACUGUGGCAGAAUAGGACCCUAGAAGUGGAUUCCCUGCGGGCUGGAGGGGAGCUGCUGCCCCUAACCUCCACGCCAACCUCCCCGUUCCCCUUGGUGUCCUCACCUGGAUUCCUGCUUCCAUCUGCUGCCCCUCUUCCAGUUACCAUCUGCCGCACGUCCUGCUCCCCUCUUGUUUGCCUUAGCACAGCUGGGAGUUUUACCAGAAGCCAAAGGAAAGUAAAAAGGAAUUUAUUAUUGAAAGUACAAAAUGAUUAAAUCUAGCAAAGUCUCUAGAACUCUAUUUUCUUUUUUAUUUAUUUUUAUUUUCUAUUGAAUUAUGUAGUUGAUUUACAGUGUUGUGUUAUUUUCUGGUGAACAGCAAAGUGAUUCAGUUACAUAUACAUAUAUAUGUGUAUAUAUACACCCACACGUAUAUACAUAUUUUUUUUUGUAUUCUUUUCCACUAUGAUUUAUUACAGGGUAUUUAAUAUGGUUUGUUCCCUGUGCUAUACAGUAGGACCUUGUUGUUUAUUUUAUAUAUAACAGUUUAUGUCUGCUAAUCCCACACUCCUGAUUUAUCCCUCCCCCACCCACUUUCCCUUUUGGUAACUAGAAGUUUGUUUUCAAUAUCUAUGAGUCUAUUUUUAUUUUAUAAAUAAGUUCAUUUGUAUCAUAUUUUAGACUCCACAUAUAGGUGAUAUCAUAUGAUAUUUAUCUUUCUGACUUAUAUAGUAUAAUUUCUAGGUCUAUCCAUGUUGCUUCAAAUGGCACCAUUUCAUUCUUUUUUUAUGACUAAGUAGUAUUCCUGUGUGUGUAUAUGCCACAUCUUCUUUAUCUGUUUAUCUGUCAAUGGACAUUUAGGUUGCCUUCAUGUCUUGGCUAUUAUAAAUAGUGCUGCAAUGAACAUUGAACUACAUGUAUCUCUUGGAAGUAGUUUUCUCUGGAUAUAUACCCAGGAAUGGGAUUGCUGGAUCACAUGGCAACUCUUUUUUUUUAAGGAACCCCCAUACUGUUUUCCAUACUUGUUACACCAAUAUAUAUCCCCACCAACACUGUAGGAGAGCUCCCUUUUCUCCACACUGCCUCCAGCAUUAAUUAUUUGUACACAUUUUUAAUGAAGGCCAUUCUGACCAGUGUGAGGGGAUGCCUCAUCAUAGUUUUGAUUUGCAUUUCUCUAAUAAUUAGCAAUGUUGAGCAUCUUUGCAUGUGCCUAUUGAUCAUUUGUGUCUCCUUUGGAGAAAUGUUUACGUCUUCUACCCAUGUUUUGAUUCAGUUGGUUUCUAUUGUUGUUACUGAGUAGUAUGAGCUGUUUGUAUAUUUUGGAAAUUAAGCCCUUGUUAGUUGCAUCAUUUGCAAAUAUGUUCUCCCAGUCCAUAGGUUGUCCUUUUAUUUCAUUUAUGGUUUCCUUUGCUGUGCAAAAGUUUAUGUUUGGUUAGGUCCCAUUUGCAUAUUUUUGCUUUUAUUUCUAUUGCCUUGGGAGACUAACCUAUGAAAACAAUAUGAUUUAUGUCAGAAAAUGUUUUGCAUAUGUUCUCUUCUACGAAUUUUAUGGUGUCAUAUCUUAUGUUUAAGUCUUUAAGCCAUUUUCACUUUAUUUUUGUGAUUGGUGUAAGGGAAUGUUCUAACUGCAUUGGUAUACAUUCAGCUGUCCAACUUUCCCAACACCACUUGCUGAAGAGACUGCCUUUUUUUCCAUUGAAUAUUCUUGCCUCUUUUGUCAAAGAUUAAUUGACCAUAGGUGUAUGGGCUUGUUUCUGGGCUCUUUAUUCUGUUUCAUUAAUCCAUAUGUCGGUUUUUUUGUUUGUUCAUUUUUCUGGUUUUGCCAGUACCAUGCUGUUUUGAUUACUGUAGCUUUGUAGUAUGGUCUGGGGUCUGGCAGGGUUAUGUCUUUAACUUUGUUCUUUUUUCUCGGUAUUGUUUUGGGAAUUCUGGAUCUUUUAUGGUUCUAUAUACAUUUUAGGAUUAUUUGUUCCAGGUCUGUGAAAACUGUCAUGGGUGUUUUGAUAGGAAUUGUAUUAAAUCUAUAGAUUGCUUUGGUAGUAUGGCCAUUUUAAUAAUAUUAAUUCUUCCAAUCCAAGCGCUUAGGCUGUAUUUCCAUUUCUUUGAAUCAUCUUCAAUUUCCUUUAUCAAUGUUUUAUAGU